CCGUUGGGUCCCCCUUUGGCUCAGGUUGCCUGCCCCUCCCCCUUCCCGGAGCCCCGAGGGGCUGGAGCUCCUGGCUUUGCCAGAUCUAGAUGGCGGCCUUCCCCCCGGGUCUGUAAGUUCCGAGGCCAGUCGGGAGCCGGGCUAGGGUGCGGGGUCUCUGGAAAUGGAGCCCCCGUGGGGACCUGGAUCGGCCGCAACCUGCCCUGGGAUGGGAGCCAAGGAGCUGGUCUAGGCCCCCGGACUCUUGAGCCAUUGGACUGGCCGAUGCUGGAUCCCACUUUCUUCCCCUUCCCCAAUCUGCUGUGGGGAGUCUCAGGAUGCCCCAGGGACCGCCUCCUGGGACCCUCUACAUAGGGCCCUGUGGCUGGCCAGGAAGCCAGACUCUGGCAUUUUGUAAAAAGUACUGCAGUUGAGGCCGGCAGAAAACUGAACGGCGGGAGCUAGCCAAGGCAAGGCCUUCAGUGCCAACCGCGAGACUACUGUCUGCCAAAAUGUCUGAAAGAUCAGAUCUCCUUCACUUCAAGUUUGAAAAUUAUGGAGAUUCAAUGUUACAAAAAAUGAACAAAUUAAGAGAAGAGAAUAAAUUUUGUGAUGUAACAGUUUUCAUAGAUGAUGUUGAGGUACAGGGGCAUAAAAUUGUUUUUGCUGCAGGUUCCCCCUUCUUAAGAGACCAAUUUUUACUGAAUGAUUCCCGAGAGGUGAAAAUCUCCAUAUUACAGAGUUCUGAAGUGGGGAGACAAUUGCUCUUAUCCUGUUAUAGUGGUGUGCUGGAAUUCCCUGAGAUGGAACUGGUAAAUUACUUGACUGCUGCGAGUUUUCUUCAGAUGAGCCACAUUGUAGAACGGUGCACACAGGCGCUGUGGAAGUUUAUAAAGCCAAAACAACCAAUGGAUAGUAAAGAGGGAUCUGAACCACAGAGCGCUUCUCCCCAGUCAAAAGAACAACAGGGAGAUGCCAGAGGCUCUCCAAAACAGGACUUACCUUGUAUUCAUCCAUCAGAAGACAGUUUGGAUAUGGAGGACAGUGAUAUUCAGAUUGUUAAGGUAGAAUCUAUUGGGGAUGUAUCAGAGGAUAGAAGUAAAAAAGAUCAGAACCAGUACAUUUCUUCUGAACCCACUGCUUUACAUUCAUCAGAGCCCCAGCACUCCCUGAUAAACUCAACUGUGGAAAACAGAGUUAAUGAACUAGACCAGAGCCAUCUCCACAAUUAUGCCCUCUCUUACACAGGCAAUGAUGACAUCAUCAUGACCUCUAAAGAUGUCUUUGGGCCUAAUAUUCGAGGUGUAGACAAAGGCUUACAGUGGCAUCACCAGUGCCCAAAGUGUACCAGGGUAUUCCGUCACCUGGAGAACUACGCCAACCAUUUAAAAAUGCACAAACUCUUUAUGUGUCUACUCUGCGGCAAGACUUUCACUCAGAAAGGCAAUCUUCAUCGACAUAUGCGUGUACAUGCCGGAAUUAAACCUUUCCAGUGUAAAAUCUGUGGGAAAACCUUUUCUCAGAAGUGUUCCUUACAGGACCAUCUUAACCUUCACAGUGGAGAUAAGCCCCAUAAAUGUAACUAUUGUGACAUGGUUUUUGCACAUAAGCCAGUUUUGAGAAAACACCUUAAACAGCUGCAUGGCAAAAACAGCUUUGAUAAUGCCAAUGAGAGGAGUGUGCAAGACCUCACAGUGGAUUUUGACUCUUUUGCAUGUACAACAGUCACAGACUCUAAUUGUCAGCCACAACCUGAUGCAACACAGGUCCUGGAUGCAGGUAAACUGACCCAAGCUGUCCUCAGCUUAAGGAGUGACAGUACAUGUGUAAAUUGAACAGGGCUUAGUACUUACAGCCAGAGCUGCCAGUAUGGCAAUAGUCGAUGAGUCUUUAGAAGUCACUUGGUUCUUCUACAAAGCCUCCAAGUAGGUGGUAGUGAGUAAGUUGAAGCACUAGCAGACUAGCUGACUCCCACUUGUGGCUUUGCUUUCUUUUGGUCCUCUCCUGGUUCUUUUUUGAGUUAUUUAACCUGUGAUGUCUGUUUUCCUUUUCUAAGGAAUAAUUCCAUUUGUCUACCUAGUGUUGAUAUAUGUCUUAGACUGGCACUAUUUUAAAUUUUUUACCAAGCACAUUCUGAAGGUACCAACAGAUAACGUUAUCUACUUUCUACUAAUAAACUGUGUUUGGGAAAGUUAAUAUUUUUCCUUGGGGGAAAAAAUGAGGCUGGGAUAGGAGUUGAUACUGCUGUUGACCUAAAUAUGUGAUAGAGUUUCUGUUUGUCUACUGUGAUUCAUCCAAGGCUGAUGAGUGAAUCUGCUUCCUGCCAUUUGUACUUGUUUGGAGAUGCUGUGGGGAAGUGGGUGGGUUUGUACUUUAAACACUAACUGCCCACUGAAAUUUCCUUAAAACCCAGAAUACAAUUGUUUUCAGUAACUGCUGCAGACAAAAAGGGACUGCCAUGGGGAGGAUAAUCAGUAAAUGAUAGAAAUAUAAUAAAACAAGAUUGGGCAUAUGGAAGGUUUCCUAAAUAUUAUGACCUAACAAGAGGUCAUCUGUUUACAUAUGUGUCCUGUUGAUGCUUUUGUAAUUAGAAGUGCUUUAGACAUACUCAAGUGAGCUAGAGAACAAUGGACUUACGUUGGAGUCUAGCUGUGUCAGUUUAUACAUAAGAAAGGUGUGUUUGGCCAUGACUUGUCCAGCAUAGAGUUAAUGUCUCUGGUCUUUCCUUUUCACAUGUACCUUCAUCUUGGAAAUCGAUGAAAAAAAUUAAAUGGGAUACAGAGGAACUACUAGAAUUUCUGCAUUUAGAUAGUCUUAGAGGUACAUAAUACCCUGUCUACUUUUGCUACCUUUGAGAGUUGAUCUUAAAGGAUGGAAGAAGACAGUUCUUUAUCCUGAGGUAAAUUUUAGACAUUAGUUUGAGCCUGCUUCUUACCCAAGGGUUACAGUGAGGUGAUAGGAUUACUAGAGAUCUUAGAAACUCUCGAAGGAUUGCUUAUACUAUCUGUUGUUUUAAAUAGGGGCAUUUAGAGUCAAACAGGUAGCCUGGCCACCAUUGGCCCAAAUACACCUGACAAAAUAUGAAUGAUUAUCCCAGUACAUCUCUUCCACUAUACCUUGGCUUUAAAGAUGGGAAAUAAUAACAAAUUAACAGAAAGUUUCCAGUUUUGUUUCACUGUUGUAUAACAGUCCCUUUUGCUUUUCAGAGACAGCCAAGAAUUCACCAACAAAAUGUCACAGAAGGACUUGUAAGAAUUACUUUUUAAACUUUACCUUAUUUUGGUGGUUUGUGCCUGUAGUCUCAGAAUUUACAAAGUUACAGGAGGGUUGCCUGGGCUAUAGAGUGAGGCCCUCCUUCAAAAGACCUAAAUAAAUAUAAUUAUUUUAUGGUAGUGGUGCUGGAAGUUGAGCCCAAUGUCUCAUAGGCACUAGACAAGCACUGUACCACCUAGGUACAGCCAGCCCUAACCUGUUAAUUGUUCUUAGCUAGAUGAAUGUUAUACUAUUUUUAAAUGACUGACUGGUUUGGCUAUUAAGGGAAUAGCAAUUAAAAUAAUGUGGAAAUGAACCAAAUAUGAAACUGAUUUUGUCUAAGAAACUUUAUUUCCACCAGACUUUUGUACAUGGACAGAUAAUCCAAAAUUUUAAAUUAAUUUACAUUUAGACACAAUUUGAUAUAUUUACACAUGGAUCAGAUUUGAGGUUUAAUUUCUACUAAAUAUUUAAAUAUGAGUACAGUCAGCUAAUAUGAGUGUAGGUACUUUAUGUCCAACAUCACUCAAUGUAUGGAUAAUAAUACCUCCUAGCAUUCCAAAUUUUGCAUGAUUCAUCCAAAGAGUACCAAUUCUAUGCAACAGUGGGACUCUCCUCAUCCCAUGUUUUAAAUAUUUCCUCUGAACAUCAUGUGAAGAUGGUGGGGCUCCAUACACUUAUUCUUGUCCAAUUACUGUUAGUAGUUUGAAGACUAAGAACAGCAUGGGUUCAAAUAAUACUGGUCUCUCUGGUUGGUUGGAGGCUAUUUCUUGAUUUAUUUCAGUCACUCUGAAGGAUUUUUCCCCCCUUUUUUUAAUGCUGGAGAGUUUGAAUGCAAGGUCUCAAUGCAUGUUAAGCAUCUACUCUAGCACUGAGCUACUCCCACAGCCUCAAAUAUUAGUAAUCAACUGGAAUUUCCAGGUACUAUGUUAUAUUCUGAGGAUAGGAAGAUAAGAUUGAUAUGGUCCUGUCUUUAUAGGCUUACAGUGAUUUUUGUGAGAUGGUCUCAAAUUUAUGUCCUAAUAAGAAUAAAAUUGCCUUGUUUUCUUUCAUCAUUUAAAGCAGUGGUUCUCAACCUGUGGAUCAUGACCCCUUUGGGGAGGGGAAGUCAAGUAACAUUUUUACAGAGGUUGCCUAAGACCAUAGGAAUUUUUUUGUUUAUAUUAUGAUUUAUUUACGUUAUAACUCAUAACAGUAGCAAAAAUGAAGUUAUGAAAUAACGAAAAUAAUUUUAUGGUUGGGGUCACCACAGCAUGAGGAACUGUAUUAAAGGAUCUCACAAUAUUAGGAAGGUUGAGCACCACUGACUUAAAGUCGGCUUUCUUAGGGUUUUCUGUUAGUAAAAUUUUUGGUUCUGUUUGCAAAUGUAGACCACUUACCUAAUUUAUGAUCUCUUCCAUUUCUUGGCUGGAGAGGUCUUAUUUUUGUGUGAGAUAUUUAAUUUUGGUGGGACUUGGUUUCUUCGCUUACAUGUUUCUCAGAUUUUUAAAGCAAAGAGAAGGCACAUGUAUUUUAUUGUGGAAGAAGGUUUUUCACACUAGUGAUUAUAUGGGGCAGAGGUAAACCUUAGUUACUCAGCAUUUCGUUUGAUUUUCUUCUUUUCUUUUUUUUUGAGGCAGUAUCUUAACUGUGUGUAGCUUUUGCUACACAUAGUUUAGACCUCUGCCUCUCUGAGUGCUGGGAUCACAGGUAUAUGCCACCAUGCCAGCCUCAGUGUUUGUGUUGUAAGGAUUCCUAGGAAAACCUCAAAAGGAAGAGGACUCUCUUUACUGUAGUUUGGUUUUUUAAAAUUACUGUUAUUUAUUUAUUAUUUAAUAUGAAAACAAGCUCCAAACUGAAAUGGCUCUGUGGUAAAACAGGUGUGAUUUUUCAUUAGUUUAGAAAAUGUGUAAGUGAAAGGUGACUAAUGUCACCAUUUCUAAAAUAUUGUCCUAAACAACUUAGAACAUUUUAUUUCAGCUCAUGAAUGGCUGUUCUAAAUCUGUUGUAUGUUAGACAUACUUUGAACUACCUCUUUACUUAAUGGGGAAGUUUCCUUAAUAAAAGUUUAACAAUUAA